AUGCCUUUAGCUGACAUUAACUCAUCACUGCCGGUCAUUUCUGGAAUCGAUCCAAUUGAAUUUUUGCUCACCGUCGCUGUAUUUGUCGUCAUGAUAUCCGUAUUCACCUUGUGCAGUUGUUGCGGAAAUGAUAAAUCUAACAGAGAAAAACAAGAUGAAACGGACUAUGGAGUGGUCACUGUCAGUGGCAACCCUCCAACUACCAACUCCAAAACUGCAGCCGUCCACAACAUCAAUUUCCGACCCAACCCUGUUAAAGCUCCUCAUGAUAGACAUUCGCAGCCGGUUACAAACAUGUUACAGAAUAUGCUGACCUUCAAUCGUCAAUCGGCGCCAGGUCGAGCGCUUCCUAAAUUGCCGGCCGAUUUGUAUACGGCAAUCGACAAAAAAGCUAAACGAUCCGGCGGGGUCACCGUAGCCGAAAUGGAUGAUAUCCGAUUUGUUGAUGAAACUGUGAAUCCCAUGUAUGAAUGUAUCGACGCGGAAACCGAUUCGUUUGUAGAUCCGCUCUACUCAAAGGUUGGCGAAGUCACCGGACCAUCCACCAGCCGUGAUCGCAAAUACGACUACCCAAUCUUCUCUGGCCGACCUCAGAAUCGUACUCGUCCUGAUGAAACUGUCUAUCAAAGCGCUUCGCAGAUCUAUGCGCCAAAUUCUGAAGAUCCGUACAGCUCUAUCACAUCGGAGCGUGGCAGAAAUGCAGAUGCAAAUGAUGGGGAUAACAGUAGCGCCUACGAUCCGGGCUACGCAAAAGUGAACCUGAACAAUCAGCCAAAAGCUGGAGCGGAUAAGAAAAAGGCGAAGAUUGAGAAGACCGAGCGGGAACUUGAUCUUUUGUACUCGAAGAUCCGCCGCAACGUAUCCCACUAUGGAGAUGACUCCCAACCCGGUCCCUCCAACCGCCCGGAACCCAUCCUUCCAACAUAUCCCAUUGCGGACCCCAUACCUCCCAAUGUCCCAUUUGAUGAACAAUCAGUUGUUUCCAGCAGAGAACCGUCCUAUCGGUACAUUACAAUGAGAGAAAACGCUGCUGUGGUUCGAGAACGACUUCGGCAACAAGGACAGCUGGAUCAGCCAAGGAGGGAACAUUACUAUUCGACGAUUGGCAAUGAGUAUGAAACAAUCGCCAAUGGAAACAUCUCUACACAGAAUCCACUCUCCAUUGAAACCCAGCGAGCUCCUUUGGCUAAUAUCUCCACAAGCUCCAUAAUCGAUGCUCCACCUCCACCAACAUCACCGAUUCCUGGGAGAAGUCGACCUGUAUCCUACAUUGACACCUAUGGAAGUGGAGGACCCGCAAUCCCACCACCACCAGACCUUAGAUGCUCCCCAGUUCCACCUCGCCCACCAGGGGACGAACAUCAGUCUCAUGUCUUCUCCAUCUCACACGCCGCAUCUUCAUCAGCGGCGCCACAGCGAGUGACCUAUUCGAUUGAUUGCAAUGAUGCGUAUACAAUGCCAACAACCAAUCGACCGACAUCGUCUUUCAGAAGUAUGGAGACAUUAUUGGGGAAGCGGACGGUGGAGGAGAAGGAGACUAUUGUAGAGCAGAGAUCCACGUUUGCAACUGGAGUUCCAAUCCCGGCAAAUACCAACAUCAGUGACUCUAUGAGCAGGAGCAUGGACUCCUGGGCUGGUCGAUCCGUUCAUGAAGUUCCUAUUCGGCGAGUGGACAGGAAUUACGAAGGAGGGGGUCCUGGCGUCGAUGUGAUUAUCUCUGGAAGACGCUAUCGGAGUGGUCAGGGUGUGUUGGAAGAACCAACAAGUUCCAGUGCUGCGCAAGAAGUCAAACCAGAGGAGACACGGGAAAGUAGCGCCGAGAAACGCAAAGACCGUACGAAGAGCUCCAGUGAGGAUGAAGCAGAGACAGGCCGAUCUAGCAGACUGUCAAAAAACAAAAAAGGCUGGAAAGAAGAGACUGAAGAAGAACGGAUAAAGCGUCUUGGUACGAUCUACACCGCCAACGACUACGUCUGCCAGAUGGAUAUGACCGACCAGAAGCCGUGGCCAAUGAGCGGAAAUUCCACUAGUUCCAAGAAUAACUGA